CCCGCCCAUUUCCCCCCCGCGCUGCCGUCAAGCGCGGCGGUGUCGCGCCCGCGCGGGCUUUUCGCGGCGGUGAUGGCGGAGCGGGAGGAGGCGGCGGCGGCGGCCGAGGCGGUGACGGCCGAGGCGGUGCUGCAGGAGCUGGGGCUCUUCGAGCUGCGCUGCCAGGGGGACGACGUGCCCGCCAGGCUGGUGGAGCUGUGCCUGACCCACGGGCUGGGCCCGGUGACGUUGGCCAACGAGCUGUUGGCCUUCGUCACCAGCAAGGACCUCGGCACCCAGCUCUCCGCCAGCGGCCUCGACGCCUUCGAGCACGAGGUCCUCGCCAAGCGCAGCAACAGGGUCCCCCGGAAAAAGGACAACCGCUACGGCGGCCUCCACGACGUCAACUCUCUCCAGGAGCUCCUUGAUGAGGAAGAGGAGGAUGAGCUGCUGGACGCCUACACCACGCCGUCCAAGAAUUCCCAAAAACGCAGUAAUUCCAGCCCGGAAAACCCCCGGCCCAAGCGGACCCUCACCUCCCGCAGCCCCUACACCCUUUUCUCUCCCAACAGCUUCUCCCCGAGCGUCACCCCCUCCGAAAAAUACGCGGCGCGCAGCAGCCGGGGCGAGGUGGUGGCUUCGUUCGGCUCCGCCGAGGGUCCCUCGUGGAGCGGUUGUGGCGGCCACGGUUGUACCCCGAAACUUUUCGGUCUCCCGGAGGAAAACCUGACAAAAAGCUACAAAUUCAUGUUCCAGAAAAUGCUUGACGUCCGGGAAGUGCUGUCUUGGAGGAUCGAGGAGCUCGGCGACGCGCUGAAGAGUCACCACCGCUUGGAGGGCUUCACCUCGGUGUCGCUCCUGGCGCAGGAGCCGGUGACGGUGUUGGGCCGGAUCGGCUGCGACAGCAACGGGAAACUCAACGCCAAGUCGGUGAUCCUGGAGGGUGACAGGCAACACUCCUCGGGCGGCCAAAUCCCGCUGGAUCUCUCGGAACUGACGGAAUAUUCCCUCUUUCCCGGCCAGAUCGUGGCGCUGGAGGGGACCAACAGCACCGGGAGGAAGAUGGUGGUCUCCAAACUCUACGAGGGGGUGCCCCUCCCCUUCCACGCGCCGACCGCGGAGCCGGCGCCAGGGCGGCGCCUGGCGCUGGUGGCCUGUGGGCCCUUCACCACCUCCCACAGCUGCGCCUACGACCCCCUCGCUGACCUCAUCGCUCGCAUCACCAGCGACCGCCCCGACCUCUGCCUGCUGUUUGGGCCGUUCGUGGAUGCGAAACACGAGCAAGUCGAGAACUGCCGGCUCCUGGGGUCCUUCGCCGACGUCUUCAAGCUCUGCCUGAAGACAAUAAUCGAGGGGACGAGGAGCGCCGGCUCCCACCUCGUCUUCGUCCCCUCGCUGCGCGACGUCCACCACGACUACGUCUACCCGCAGCCGCCGUUCCUGUACCCCGAGCUGCCCAAGGAGGACAGACCGCGCGUGCACUUCGUGCCGGACCCCUGCACCCUGGAGGUCGACGGCGUCGUCCUCGGCCUCACCUCCACCGACCUCCUCCUCCACAUGGGUGCCGAGGAGAUCAGCAGCUCAUCCGGGAUCUCGGACAGGUUCACCCGAAUCCUCAAGCACAUCCUGACGCAGAGGAGUUACUACCCGCUGUACCCCCCCUCGGAGGAGCUGAACGUUGACUACGAGAGCUUCUACAGCUACUCCUCGUUACCCGUCACCCCCGACGUCCUCGUCACCCCCUCGGAGCUGCGGUACUUCGUUAAGGAUGUGCUGGGCUGCGUCUGUAUCAAUCCCGGCCGACUGACGAAGGGCCAGGUCGGGGGUACCUACGGCCGCCUGUACCUACAGCGGGAGGACACCAAGGGCGAGCGGAAGAGUCCGUGUGUUGCCGCUCAAGUCGUUAGAAUCUAAACUGUCGGGACAGAGACUUAUUUCUUCCACCCGUCUCCCUCCUACGGCCUCACGGGGACAAAUCGGUGUUAAAAUACACUUGGAAUUUCGGUGAAAAACCACCCAAAACGCUUGUGUUCGUCCGCCGCCGCCGCCCGACCCCGCCCCACCGCCUGGAGCACCCCAGAGUGGUGGGACCCCGCCCCGAUAAUCGCUAAUUAAUCGAUUAACGAGGGCAGGAAGCUGAUGGCGGCAGCGGUGUUCACAGCCGCCGUUCCGGAUGACCGGGAGUAGCAGCGACACAGGCGCGGGGCGACUGUGUGUUUUGGGCCGCGGAUGAGCGAUUUGGGGUCGCUCGUUAGCUGGAGCGGGGGGAGGGCGGGUUCCCCCGUGUCUUUUCCCCGCUCGUUAGGUAAAUGAAGGCGAUCCAGCAGGAUUUACCCGCGGAAAAGGGGGGGUGUCGGUGUGCGGCGGGGCUGAAAUCCGCCGCCGGCGGGGUACCGGCGUCCUGGCUUCACCUCCCGGGUGACUUCGUUUGGGUCGAGCUCCCUCAUUAUGUGACUCUGAAGCUUAAUUAAUCCCAAAGUAAUUAAUUUACAGCCCGGGGAAGGGGCUCUGGAUUCCAGCGGGGUGAAGGAUGCCGCGGCUCCUCGCUCGCCGACGAGCAAAAAAACAUACAGCGCGUUUGGGUGUGAAACGCCUUUUCGCUGGUUUUCACCCCAAAUUUGAGGACGUUCCUGCUGUUCCGCUCCGACGUCGGGGAGGGGGUGGGGAAAAAGGGGAAAAAACCCGCUUAUUUUUGCCAGGAAAAAGGUAAAUCCGCUGCGAAAAAGGGAAGGAGUUGUGUAACUCGCCCCGGCGCGGGGUAGCUACAGGCGCGGGGAGGCUGGAACGCGACGUCGUCAGUCGGCGCUGAGCCGGCGCGCGUCUCCCUUCGUUAAUUUUCCACUUAAUUACCUGCCUGCCCUUAUUACAGGCUCCCUCGAGAAGCGGCGUCUUCCGCCUUCACCCUUUAAAUCCCACGUGGGCGUUAGGGGCAUCUUUGGGGUAAAACCGGGGGAAAACGGGGUCCAGGGAGGGCGAUUCCCGCACGGUUUUUGCGUGUGUUAACUCCGGCCGGGCAGGAUUUGCCAGAAAAUCCCUGUUUUCUCCCCAAUUAUCUGCGCAAAGCGGCUGGGCAGCAUCACAGUCUUCACCCAUCGCGCCUCGGGCUCCUCUGUUUCGCCGAUUUUAGCGCUUCUCACCCCAAAAAAUAAAGUGCUGUUUUUUCUCCCA